AUGUCCAACGACAGCUCCAUCACCCAGUUCCUCCUCCUGGCAUUCGCAGACACACGGGAGCUGCAGCUCUUGCACUUCUGGCUCUUCCUGGGCAUCUACCUGGCUGCCCUCCUGGCUAAUGCCCCCAUCAUCACAACUGUAGCCUGCUAUCACCACCUCCACACCCCCAUGUACUUUUUCCUCCUCAACCUCUCCCUCAUUGACCUGGGAUACAUCUCCACCACUCUCCCCAAAACCAUGGCCAACUCCCUGUUGGAUACCAGAGCAAUUUCCUAUGCAGGAUGUGUUGCACAGGUCUUUCUCGUUUCCUUCUUGCUCGGAGCAGAGUAUUAUCUUCUCACUGUCAUGGCCUAUGACCGCUACAUUGCCAUCUGCAAACCCCUGCACUACGGGACCCUCCUGGGGACCAGAGCUUGUGUCCACAUGGCAGCAGCUGCCUGGGGCACUGGCUUUCUCAAUGCUGUGCUGCACACGGUCAAUACAUUUUCAGUGCCACUCUGCAAGGGCAAUGCUGUAGAGCAGUUCUUCUGUGAAAUCCCCCAGAUCCUCAAGCUUUCCUGCUCAGAUGCCUACCUCAGGGAGGUUGGGCUUCUUGUGGUCAGUGGCUGUUUUGUCUUUGUGUGCUUUGUUUUCAUUGUGCUGUCUUAUGUGCAGAUCUUCAGGGCCGUGCUGAGGAUCCCUUCUGAGCAGGGACGGCACAAAGCCUUUUCCACGUGCCUCCCUCACCUGGCUGUGUUUUCCCUGUUUCUCAGCACUUCAUUUUUUGCUUACCUGAAGCCCCCCUCCAUCUCUUCUUCAUCCCUUGAUCUCGUUCUGGCAGUGCUGUACUCGGUGGUGCCUCCAGCAGUGAACCCCCUCAUCUACAGCAUGAGGAACAAGGAGCUCAAGGAUGCACUGAAGAAGCUGAUGUAA